GUGAUGUCAUUGCCGGAAGCGGCUCCCCACGGUCUCCGGUCUCGGUCUCCGGUCUCGGUCUUUGCCGCCGCCCCGUGCCGGCCAUGAGCAAACGGAAGGCUCCGCAGGAGAGCCCCAACGAGGGCAUCACUGACUUCCUCACGGAACUGGCCAAUUACGAGCGCAACGUGAACCGGGCCGUUCACAAGUACAACGCGUACAGGAAAGCAGCGUCGGUCAUUUCCCGGUACCCCAGCAAAAUACGGAGCGGGGCCGAAGCCAAGAAGCUGGAUGGAGUGGGUGCUAAAAUAGCCGAGAAGAUAGAUGAGUUCUUAUCCACCGGAAAACUACGCAAAUUGGAAAAGAUUCGACAAGAUGAUACAAGUGCAUCUAUCAAUCUACUGACACGAGUUACUGGCGUUGGUCCUGCUGCUGCUAGGAAGUUUGUUGAGGAAGGAAUUAAGACUUUAGAAGACCUAAGAAAAAAUGAGCACAAGCUGACCCAUCACCAGCGAAUUGGGUUGAAAUACUUUGAAGAUUUUGAGAAAAGAAUCCCAAGGGAAGAAAUGCUGCAAAUGCAGGAAAUUGUGCUGGAAGAGGUAAAGAAGCUGGACCCAAACUAUAUUGCCACAGUCUGUGGCAGUUUUAGACGAGGCGCGGAGUCAAGUGGCGAUAUGGAUGUUCUCCUAACCCAUCCGAGUUUCACAUCUGAAUCAUCCAAACAGUCAAAACUUCUGCGUCAAGUUGUAGAACAACUGGAAAAAGUCCACUUUGUCACAGAUGUGCUGUCUAAAGGUGACACCAAAUUCAUGGGUGUCUGUCAGCUGCCAAAUAAAGAAGAUGGAACAGCGUAUCCACAUAGGAGAAUUGAUAUCCGGCUUAUCCCCAAAGAUCAGUAUUACUGUGGUGUACUGUAUUUUACAGGAAGUGAUAUAUUCAAUAAGAACAUGAGAGCUCAUGCUCUGGAAAUGGGCUUCACGAUCAAUGAGUAUACAAUCCGUCCCUUGGGUGUUACUGGAGUUGCUGGGGAGGCCCUACCGGUAGAAUGUGAAAAAGACAUCUUUGACUAUAUUCAGUGGAAAUACCGAGAGCCAAAGGAUCGUAGUGAAUAACUGCUUGUCUAGGUGCUCGGGUGUGAUCAUUGCGCUGCUCUGCUGACUAGUGUUUGACAAGAUGAACUGAAGCCGUGGUCACAGUGUUGAAAAAAUUCUCGAUAUUGAGCAAUGUCACUGAGAACUGGCUUGCAGAUUUUAGUCUGGAAAUGAUGUGCUCAGUAAAGCCCAGAAGCACAGACUGAGGUGCAAAGGCAGCUUUCUCCCUCUUGACCAGCAUGUGAUCUGCCCUUCUGUCCUUUCUUCAGCCGCUCUGUUAGCAGGUUCCUCCUAGCUGCUCUCCCUGUGACAAAUCCGUGUUCAACAUGCCCUGGCCGUGGAUUAGUGACCACCUUCCCCAGCCUCAUUCUGGCUUUCUCCUUUUAUUCGGCCCCAAAUGCCCUACUGAAAUGAUUUAAGAGGUCCAAAGCAAAUCCUAAGGUUUCCAUGUUUUCCUCUGUAAGGAACACAGAACACUACGCAGUCAUGCCUGCUGAAGCGUGGUUUCUUUUCGACAAGAGCCCUGCCUUGCCAGUUAUGAGCAAAUUUGUAUCUCCUUUGUGGAUGAUUCUUUUAUCCAGAAACCAGUCCUUGUUUACUGGAUAAGCAUCUGUUACCGGUUUGUUGACAUAUGGAGAGAUUUUGUAAAUGUGGAAAUUCUUGAUGUACAUAAAAGGAUUAUUUUCUGUCUCCUCUGCACUAGCCCUGCUGCCGAGUUUGCUGCUUUAAGUGGUGUGCUUUUCUUCUACUAAAUAAUAUAUCUGUUAAUAUCUUCCCUAUAGAGUUUGUCUAGCUGAAGCUGGCUGCAAGAACUGCUGUUGUGGCUUUUAAAACCACAGGGAUCUGUGCCUGUGUAGAGAUUGUUCUUAUACAGUUGCCUCUGUCUGUUCUCUCUGCCUUUGAUUAGAGUGCAGUUGCAUAUUCUGGAGAACUCCUUGGGUUCUCCAGAGUAGUUUUUCUAUCAUGUAUCGAUUUCUCCAGUUGGGUAAGUGGGUGCGUGAGUGCUUGCAGCUCUUAUUUUAUGUGCUUGGCUCUUGGUGUAAUGGGCUUUGAGUGGUACAACAUUGCAGAUGACUGUUCACAAUUGUCAAGAGCUCCCGAGAGCUUUGUGUUGCCCAAAGACAGCGAUAACAGAAAGCAUUCAAUUUCUUUUCAUCUAAGAACAUCACUGUGCACAAUAACUAGAUUUCUGUUGUAAGAGUUGUGCAGUUAUCCCAUUUGUCAUAACUCAGCCUAAACCAAAGAACGUUGUCACUGCACGUGACACAAUGUGGAGGUUAUGUUUGCAGACAUAGCUUUUGCCAGGAUGGACCUUGCUUUUAUUUACAAAGUAAAGGAAACACCAAUACAGAACAGCACUGUGGAUGUACCUCUGAUGCUAAUUUAGUGUCAGAGGAGGCAGCUGAGAGCAACUUGGCACAUCUUUCAGAUAUGCGGUAAAAGGAAGAGGAGAAAUGGCACUGAGUUUCCCUAGAAAGCAGAGAAAGGGGGAUGAGAAGUCUAAUGAGAGACUGUACAGUCUCUGAAUAGUGUUGAUGCUUUGCCUUGUGGUGCAUUUGUCCUGGUACCUUGAGAGAAAAAUCAACCACUUUGUUUCUCCUGAUAUUCUUAAAACGUUCAGAGAUUUAUACCUGCAUAAAUUUUUAAAGACAGAAAGAUCCGUUCUUAAUGAAGGUCACAGAUCCUAUUUUUUAUAUAAAUGUUACUUUUUUCUUUUUGUUGACAUCAAGCCUUGAUCCAAAAAUGUUGAGUGACGAGGAAUAAGUGGUCUGGUUUUUAGCAUUAAAAAAAAAAAAAAACAACACACACACAAAACCCAACCACACAAUUUAAAUAAUAUAUAAAAUUGUCUAACAUACGCUUUUAAGAGACAACUGUGUAAUUUAGCAGCAACAAUCCUGCUUCUGAAGACAGAAGCCUUUUCUCGUGUUUAACCUGCCUUCUCCUGGUUAAGAGACUGAAAUUUUGAACUCGUGUAUGCAUUUGCCUGCUCAGAACUGCAUAUUGGUCUGCUAGAUGUUUCUUCUGCCGUCUUUCUAGUUCUUUGUAUCUUAUUCUGGUGUCUACAUAUACACAAGAAAGCUGGCUGGCUCCUGAAGUGCUCCUAAAGAAUACCAUUUUCAGCUACUGUCUGUAUCUCCUGAUCUCUGUGCUAAGUGUCCUGGUGCAGUGCUGAAGCUUAUGCUAAGCUGUUUCUCUGUCCUUGCCUCCAAAACCUUUCAAUAUGGCCAUAUGCUAAUGUCACCAUUCUCCUGUUGCAUGUGACCAGUGUUCUUUGUUCCAGGGUAUGUUAUUGUACUGUCAGUUGCAGUUCACUAUAUUUUGUUCAACUUGCCAUUACCCAGAAGAUUGGUCUGAUGAAUUGAUGCACUUCUACCACUCCUAUAGAGUCGAUCUGCCUUUUUUUAUAUGCAAACCUGUCAGCUCUGAUUUUAUAGCUCCUCUUAAAUCAUUGUGUAAGGUAAUGAUUAUUUUGGAUGUGAAAGGAGGUCCCAUCAAGAUUGUAUUCCUAGUUGUAUUUGGGACAGGGAUUCUGUUGGUUAACUUAAAACUAGUUAAGUUUUAAGUAGUAAACUACUAACUUUUAUGGAUUAUAGAGCAUCAGCAUGGAAGGUAUUGCUGUUGCUGUAUUUUAAUACCUUGUAGGAGUAUAAGUGUAAUGCAAAUAUAUUACAGAAUUGCAAGCUUGACAAGGCGAGACUAUUUUAUACAUAGUCAAAUUGACUUUUGUUAAUUAUAUAGUAUUUGUCUUGAUUUGUUAGUGAUUAGGUCCUCUGUCUGCCUUUAUGGGGGCAGAGAGGAGUUUGCAUCUGUAUUGACAGACUUCUUAACCUGACUUGAACCAUAAAAGGAAAACAGAUGUGAUACUGUUUCUUUUUUUUUUCCUGACUUAAGCCUAUAGAAUAGCUACAUUUUUACUUGUUCUUAUGUAAUUAGUGUUGAUCAGUCUUAGUAAUGGAGAUUAUAGGCUGAUGCUCUUGCUUAUUCCUUUAUUUUCUUCUGUUUUUCCUAUUGGGAGUUUAAUUAUUUUCUGGGAAUGUUCCCCAGCCCUAAUGCAUGCACCGAUAUGUAAGGUGACUAGAAGUUAACUUGGUACCAUGUGAAGUCUUCUGAUGCCUCAACUGUAAAAAUACAUACAGCUGAUGUGUUCAGUGUUUUCUUCAAUUAUCAGUGUGAAUAAAUGAAGUGAGAAUUACAUCA